AUGUCUAAUCUGAUGUUUGACCAAUCAAUGAGUAAAAUAGAGAUUUUGUUCAGAAUUACUGGCAUCAACAUUACCAGUAAAGGAACACCUAAUACUAGAAAAAACCGGAUCAUCUAUAUCCUAAAUUUUAUUUUACUAAACACUGAUGUUCUUGGUGCUGUAUGUUGGUUCAUAUCAGGACUGUUGCAUGGAAAAAACCUGACCCAACUAACCUAUGUAGCUCCUUGCGUUACUCUUAGUUUUCUUGGAGACUUCAAAACAAUAUUUCUUGUCCUAUACGAAAAAGAUAUCAAUCAGCUCAUUCAGAAUUUGAGAAAGAUGGAACUCAGGGAAAAAACCCGCGAAAGAACUGAUGCUAAAGAUGCAAUGAUAAAGAAAGAAAUGAAUUUUCUUAACGCUGUAGUAAAUGUUUCGUAUGUUUUGAAUAUACUUCUGUUGGUGGCUUUUGCGAUUAAUCCUUUAGUUCUGAUGGGUCUGAAGUACAUGAAGACUGGGGAGUUGGAGUUCUUGUUGCCAUUUCUUAUUGUGUACCCAUUUAAUGCUUACGAUAUCAAGGUUUGGCCCAUGGUGUAUAUACGGCAGAUAUGGUCAGAAGUCGUUGUCGUGCUGGACGUUUGCGUUGCAGAUUUUAUGUUCUACAUCUUCUGCACGCACAUAACGAUUCAAUUCCAACUCCUGCAACACAAAAUAGAGAAAAUCAUCGACACGCCAAAGAAUAUCAACACAAAAAUUCUUUACAACGAACAUUUUCGAACAAAGCUCAUUGAAAUAAUCAAAUGGCACCAGGAACUUAUUUGGUCCACAAAUCUACUAGAAACAAUUUAUACAAAGUCUACGCUGUACAAUUUCGUAUCCAGUUCUAUAAUUAUUUGUCUUACUGGAUUUAAUGUGACGGCAAUUAAUGAUAUUGCUCUGGUGAUAUCGUUCCUGACGUUCCUCUUCAUGGGUUUGCUGCAAAUAUUCUUCCUCUGUUUUUUCGGAGACAUGUUGAUGAAGGCUAGCAUGGACGUUAGUGAUGCUGUUCAUAAUUCUUAUUGGUAUUUGGCACAUCCAAGGAUCGGCAAGCAUUUACUUUUAGUUCAAACUAGGGCCCAGAAACCAUGCAAGCUGACAGCGUCCGGCUUUGCUGACGUCAACCUCAGGGCUUUUAUGAAGAUUCUAAGUACUUCGUGGUCAUACUUCGCUUUACUGCAAACUCUCUACAGCCCACCUCGAGAGUGA